UAGAGUACAUCGAGGGCCAGUAUUUGUACAGCCAAUAAGCUGGCAGCCUGUUCGACCACACCCAUUAUUAUCAAUUUUCGUUUGACUACAAAUUCGUAAAACCGGAACCGACGGGUUGUUUCGGGUGGUUUUUGCUGUUGAAGCAAUUAAAACGUUUAUAUAACCUACUCCGGUCGAGUAUAAUCCGCAUCCAGGGAGAACAUACACAUCACACCUGGUACCCAAUCAACCGCCAGUCGUAGCGCAGCAAGUUACCAUGUCUGAAUCAUCGAAAGAGUCUCAACCGGUCCUGCCGGAGUACGUUCGGCAAUCGGCCGUCCGGGCGGCCAUCAAGCUUGGCUUUACGCCCGACCAAUUCCAUGUAUCGUACGAGGCCGGGUCCUGCUGUGACGGGUUGGUUGGUGAAAUCCACCGGGUGAUCAUCGCCGAAGGCGGUCGCAGGGAGGAUCUGUUUUGCAAAAUACCCCCGCUGAACGCAGCCCGUCGAGAGCAGUUUAACUCGAUGAUCCUGUUUGAGAGGGAGAUUCUUCUGUAUUCAACCGUUCUGCCGGCCAUGUUCGAGUUCCAGCGGGAGAAAGGAAUCUGUGAAGCGGAAGGGUUCUUCAAUGUACCCAAGUGCUACCUGACGUUGUUCGAUGCUGAGAACGACGAGUCGGUGAUCCUGAUGGAGAAUCUACGCAACAAGGGUUACCGUAUGGGUAACAAGUUGGAACUGGUGGACUACGACCAUGCUCGGCUUGUGAUGACCCAUUUGGGACGAUUACAUGGUCUGUCGUUAGCCCUGAGGGAUCAGAAACCAGAGCUGUUCGCGAAAUUCAAGCUACCCGACGUAAUAGUCCCAGCCAUUAAGGCCAGCGAACAGAUGGUAGCCAUGUUUGGCGACGCCUUGGAGAAUGCAAUAUCCUUGCUGGGUCCCGAGGAAGAGACGGAGCGAUCGAAAAUGGAGGCUUUGAAAGUGGAUCAUAUAGCAGCCUUGGAGACCUGCUUGGACGGAUCGCGAGCUGAACCGUACGCCGUAAUGAACCAUGGCGAUUGCUGGACCAACAACAUCAUGUAUGGAUACAAGGACGGAAAACCAACCGAACUGGCGUUAAUUGACUGGCAACUGGCUCGCUGCGCGUCUCCUGCCCUAGAUGUUCUGUAUUUCCUGUUCUGUUGUGCCGACGCUACUUUCCGGGAGAAGCACUUUGACGAGAUGCUCGAGGUCUAUCAUACCUCAUUGACGGAACUGCUAGAGCGGCUGGGAAGCGAUCCGAAUGAGCUGUUCCCAUUCUCUGCCCUUCAGGAGCAGUUGAAAACCUUUGCAAACUUUGCCAUCAUCAUGGCCGCUUUUGAUGUACCAAUACUGUGUACGGAUCCGGCGGAGAUGCCCAAUUUAAAUGGGGACUUGGCGGAGGGGUUUGCAGCGUCACCUGAAGCACAGAUGCGGUACGCCCACCGGAUGGGAGGUAUCAUUCGAGACGCUGUAAAGUAUGGUUAUCUGUAGUGUAGGAUGCAGUGCGAAAUUAAAGUGACAAUCGGCGACAUGGAGAUUGAUUGAUGAACGAGU